GCCUAAGGGUGAGAGCGGGUCGCCCGCGUGACAGGGAAGGGUGGCGUUUCCCGGGAAGGUGGCCGCCGCAGCAGUUGCGUCACCUGGGGCAGCUGUACUGAGUAGUGACGUACGUACGUCCGCACGCACGCAGGUGCCAGCUGGAAAAUGGAUGACGACGAUUUUGGAGGCUUUGAGGCAGCAGUGACCUUUGAAGGUGAAGAUGGUGAAACACAAACUAUUUCUCCUGCUAUUCCUUGGGCAGCCUUUCCUGCAGUGUCUGAAAUCCAUGUGUCACAAACUAUUUCUUCAGAUGUUCUACUGGAGCAUUCUCUGCCUUCUGCUUGCUUUGUCCCUUCUGAUUCAUUCAUCUUAUCAGGUGAUGAUGUACUGACAGCUGUUCAAACAUCCAACAGUAUUUUAAACCCAGCUGUUCUUAAAGAACAGGUUCAGUUAUCAGCCAGUUCUUCCUUGGAUAUCUCAAUUCCUUCUUUGAGUUUAACAGAAGGAAAACUUUCAGAAAAAUUAACCAUCUCUGUGGGUGACUCUGAGAAGCAGGGGAUAAAUGGAUCAAAGAAGUAUCUUCAACCAACGGUUGCAAGUCUAGAGAUCAAACUCAAAGAUGCUGAAGAAGAAAGAUAUAGAAUUAAAAAGGAGUUAGAAGAUUUGAUGGAAAAGCAUAGUAUCCUACAAACAGAUUUCUUGAAAGAAAAGGAAGGUGAAUUCAUCUCACACCAAGAUCGCUACAAAAAGUUGCAGGAGAAACACAAGCUUGAGUUAGAAGACAUGAGGAAAGCUGGACAUGAAGCCCUAACUAUUAUUGUAGAAGAAUUUAAGGCACUACUGCAGUCUACAGUUCAGAAGCAAGAAGAAGCCAUUGAAAAACAGUACGUAGCUGCAAUUGAAAAACACUCAUACAAGUGUGAGGAAUUGCUGAAUGCUCAGCAUCAGAGACUUCUUGAUAUGCUGGAUACAGAGAAAGAAGUGUUAGCACAAAAAGUAGAAGAAGCUUUGAUGCAACAAUCACAGAAACAUAAGGAAGCACUGGAAAAAUGUUUGGAGGAACAACAGAAUAGAAGUAAAGAGGCUUUGGCAGCUGCUGCUAAGAUUGAAAAAGAAGUAAUGCAAGAGGCCAUUUUAAAAGCAGUUGAAGAGGAAAGGAGAAACAUGGAGAAAAUUCAUGCAGAAGAAAGAGAAAUAUGGCAGGCCGAGUGUGCCAAAGACAAAGAAAAGAUUGCUCAAGCUGUUCAGGAGGCUGUGCAAGAGCAAAGAAAAACCAGUCAAGAAGUUGUUAAGGCAGCAAUAAUGGAAGAACAAAAACGAAGUGAAAAGGCUGUGGAAGAAGCUGUGAAAAAAACAAGAGAGGAAUUGAUGGAAUAUAUCAAAGAACAGAAGAGGAGUUCUCAUGAUAUUUCCCUGUUCUACAUGAAGAGACUCAAGGGCUCCAUUUCCAUCUCAUUUGCAGGUGUAUUUUCCCCAUCUCUUUCAAAAACAGUUAUUUUAUCACAGAUCUUCAUUUCCAUCUGGAAAAUACAAAAAGCAAUAAAAAAAAAUCAGACGGUUCCUCCAUCCAGUCAAACCUUCAAGAUGAUGACUUGGCUGCUUAGAAGAAGAUAUUUAAAAUAAUAACUUUCCCCCGUAGUCAUAAGCACCAUCUCAGCUACCAGAAUGGAUUCCAAAAAUUCUGUUUACUACAUCUGUGCAAAAGAUUUGCUACAGUACUUUUGCAAGAAGUAAACACUAUGUAAUUCUCAUCAGCCAUCAUAGUGUUGUGCUCAUUCAGAACUAAAAUCUUUUUUUACACUGAGGUUUACAAGUAAAUAGUGUAAGAAUCCAUAUAGUAUCAGCAAUUUUCCCACUUCACAAAAAACAGAAUAUUAAUCAACUAACUACAUCCUUUACAAAAGGCUCAAAAGAUGUUGACCCAAUAGUAAACCAUUGUCAGUUUAGUAUUUAUUGCUUGUGUUAACAUUUACUAUGCACUCACUAUGAUCAGUGAAGACAUCAAACUUAAAAACCUACCCUGAGAAAACAGCCUGUAUGUCAUAACAUUUACAAAAGUCUGUGUACUCCAAACAUCAUUUAUUACUCUUCCUUUGUUCACAUUUUUAAGAUCUAAACUGCCUUCUGAACUUUAUUUUCCAUAAGUCAUUUAAAAGUUUCAUGUGAAAAGUAUUAUUACAUUUUUGUUUGGAAGCUAGUCACUACAAAAUGGACAUCAUAAAAAGAUAUUUAGAAUGAAGAGAAGGUUUUGGUAAACUAACACAUCCCUUGAAUGUUUUUAUCUGGCAAAUCUAGAGCAGCUCAUCUCCAUUUCAUCCUUUGGUAGAUGGAUUUCCAUUUGCAUCAGAAAGAAUGGAUUUUUUUCCCAAAAAAAUAAUUUAUAGACAUAGUUGCUUCAUGGAGACCUCUUCACAUUGUUUUAUUGUCUUACUACUAUACAGCUAUCUCACCUCUUGUGAGACUUACAGUAUAAAAUUCAUAUUAAAAUCUUGGCCCAAAUUCUCCUUUAUGUAUACAUUGUUCAUCCCCAUCUAAGACAAUGAGAUUGCAAAGGCUGUGAAUCAGGGCAUAAUUGUUUUUCUGUCUUUUCUUGUCCUUUUUGCUAUCUUUUCUUCUACUUAUUUUCAGUUUCUUUGUUUGCUAGAUCUUCCUAGGAUUCCAGGUGAUUGAGAUAAAUGGAGAGUCUCUUAUCUUCCCUUUGUCAGUGUACUCCUUCUUUCUAUCAAAAAACAUGCUUCUUCUUUCUUGUAUUUUUCAAUGCUUGAGAAAGUAGUCUAUUGUAGAACAGAAACAAAAAGUAAAUUCAUCCAAUUAUUACAAAAAAUCGAAAAUCAUUUUAUUGAAACAUGUUUUUGACUUUAGAUUUUCACUGAUAUUUAAUUAGAUGUACUCUGAACACAGUUAUGAAGAACGGGUUCUCUUGUGCAUUUUAGGAAUUAGUCAGCCUAAUAUAUUGUCAGUUUACAUUAGUUGUGAUGCAACUAUAGCUGAUAAUGCCUAUCAGUUUUGAAAGAUGAUGCAUUAGUAAUUGUUACCAUGUUUAGUAAUAUUAGUAAUUGUAAUGGUACCAUGUAUAGUACCAUUAGUAAUUGUUACCAUGUUACCAUUGUUACCAUGUUACAACUAGAAUGCAGUCAUUUUAAGUGCAUAAAAGAUAUACACAUAUAGUUUAUAGAUGGUAAUGCACAUUUUGUAUAUAAUUUCACAUCAUAUUACUUUUAGAUGAAAAAAGAAGAAAUCAUGAGAGAUGCCAUUUCUUAUAUAAACUAAAAGUAGCUGGACAAUAGUGUCUCUGAAUCAAAGCAGAGUUUUAAGUAUAAGACAAGAAAAUUCAAAUGCAUCUAAUCCUUGAAAUACUUAUCAAGGAGACAGUGAAAAUUAUAUCCUUGACAGAAUCAGUCCUUCCUUCAAUUUAUCUUGUAAGAGGAGUUUCCAUUCAUUCUGUAAUGAAUUCCAGUCUUGAAUGUUAAAAUGCUGAAUAUAAGUGGGUUUUUUGUUUUACUUAUUGAUCAGUUGCCUCACAUGCCUGUACAGAAAGGAUACAGUUAAGGAGAGCUAGCUAUUCCUGGUACAAGAUUUAUGAAGUCUGUCUGCAUUGCCAUUCAAAUUGGAAAAUGUGUGUAACCCCAAAUCAUUUGGCAAAAGUAGCUUUUGAGAUGGCUACAUCAGAGGCAGUGUGAACGGAUCUCUGGUCAAAGCUGGAGCACCUGUCAGAAUGAAAAAUAUACUUUAUGAACUAUACUUAAUGGCAAUAACUUUGGGAGGGAUUCCAAGAAGGACCCUCAGAGAAAGCACAGGUUUUACUUACAUUUACUGGCUGAAGUUCAGAGAGAUCAUAUUCCCAUUUUUCUUUGAAUAUCAGAGGAAGAUCCGGUUCCACCCACUAAUGGGUAGCAUACACUGUGUAAGAGUACACUUCCUUUCUAUUUAAAAAAAAUGUUUAAAGUCCUUCGAAGCAGGGGACGUGGGCAGAGCAGUAUUUCCACUUGGUUAGCAAUGAUUAAGUGCUUUAGGAAAAGAUCCAUAAACAGAAUCUUGUUCAGAAGCGUCAGUUUAUUUUGAAAUUGUACAAAAUACAUUUCUUUCCUUACAAUAAACGUUCUGUAUAACCAAUGUUCAAAGUAAUUUCUAACUCACGGCUGGACGUACUAAUUAAAUUAUUUUUUUU